CCCGUCAGUUCAUUCCACAACACACCCCUCACGCACCCCCUGCACCCCUGAGAUGUCGCGGCUGGCUCUCGUCCUCGUCCUCGCGCUCUCGGCCUCCGCGAAAGCAGAGGCCGAGGCAGAACCGGACUACCCCGCAGCGCGCCCCCCAACCAGCUACGGCGCCCCCCCUCCCCCUGCCCCCUCGUACGGCCCCCCUCCCGCUCCAUCGUACGGCCCCCCUCCUGCCCCCUCCUACGGCCCCCCUCCCAAGCCUAAGAACACUUGCCCCAAGAAGUGCUACGAGAAGACGGUUUAUACGACCAUUACGAAGACGGCCAAGGAGCAUCACACCUCUUGGAACACAAAGAACCAGUACGUGCCCACCACCCUCUACAAGUACAUGACGGAAACGCUCUACUACCCGACAACGGUGGUUCAGUACGAGUUCGUGACCCAGCCGCUGCCGGACCAGGUCAUCUACGAGACUAAGGUGGCAUACAACCAGGACACCAUCACCGAGGCUCACAUCACCUCGGUCCAGGAGAUGAUGCCGGGCACGCACUACUACAUGAAGACCCUCACCGAGUCACACUAUUGCACCCACAUCGAACAGGUACCGUACUACGUGACAGUGACGCAGCAUGUGUAUAAGACGGUGCAGGAGCCUCAUUACGUCACGGAGACCAAGGUGGAGCAGAACUACGUCACCGUUACAGAGGACGAGCCCCACUACGUCACCCAGACCCAGUACGAGACCAAGCACCAGUAUAUGUAUGUGACGGUGACGGAAACGAAGCAUGGCUACAACACGAUUACAAAUACCAAGACCGAGCCCAUGUACACCACGGUCUGCAAAUAUGGAUACUAGAGGGACUGGACCGUGAUUUCUGCUACUACUGCUACUACUACUACUACUACCCUACAACUAUUACUAUGCUUUAAUUAGUUUUGAUAUUUCUACUACUACUACUACUACUACUACUACUACUACAACUUCUACCCUACAACUAUUACUAUGCUUUAAUUAGUUUUGAUAUUUCUACUACUACUACUACUACUACUACUACUACUAUUACUACUACUACUGGUGCUGCUAUAAGUGGUCGUCUACUUCUACUACUACUACUACGACGACUGCUGAAACUAUCUCUUUUGUUGGUGUUUCUAUAAGUCAUCUACUACUACUACUACUACUAUUGAAAAAACAUUACUACUACUAUUCCUGCUCUUCUUGUUGUUUUUGUUACUACUGUUUUUGCAUCAAUAACUACUACUACUACUACUACUACAUCGACUACCAUCACCACCAAAACUUCCUAUUCUACAACGUUUCAAGCCUCUCAUCAAAGUGUUAAAAAAUCUCUCCAGUCAACGGAGGAACCAAACAAAACCCACUACAAUAAUUACCGUAUACUAUAAGUUCUUCGUAUCCUAUCCUAGACUUAAAUCAGAGUUAUUAUUUUUUUACGCAGGUGAUAUCAACGCAUGGGGCGGGCACCCUAUGUCUUGAUCAGUAACCUUAAGUGAUGUUAUAAGAUGUUUGUGCAUGUAUAUGUUUGUGUUUGUGUGUUUGGGCGGGCGGGCGGCGGGCGUCAGCAGGUGUUUGGGCGGCACUGCUCACGUUCAAGACUGUAUUUUUAUCCCUAUGGCGGCGAUUCGAGUCCGUGGUGAGUUUGCGACAUGUUCCGCGCAUGCUCAGACCACACUCCACCUGGGCACGUGUUCUCAGAAGCUUUCGUAUCUCACAACACACAUUUUCAAAGGCUACAGAGGAGGUUGGUCUUGUCUCCCACGUUCAUGAUUCAAAAGCUAGCCUUAUUAAACUAUCACUAGGCUCAUUAAACUACCCUUGGAAAUACUAACAAAGGAAGUAGUGGUGUUCUUAUAAGUCUCAAGUUCAUGAUACAAAAGCCUUAUUAAACUAUCACUAGACUAGACGAAGGAGGCAGUGUAGUUCUCAAAUGUGUUUUAUCACGUUUACUAUCCAAAAACCUUAUCAAACUAUCACUAGACUCGUUAAACUACCCUUGGAAAUAUUAACAUACAGGGGGUUUUCACAUUCAUGAUACAAAAGCCUUAUCAAACUAUCACUAGACUCGUUAAACUACCCUUGGAAAUACUAACAUACAGGGGGUUUUCCCAUUCAUGAUACAAAAGCCUUAUCAAACUAUUAUUAGGCUCACUAAACUACCCUUGGGAAUGCUGACACAACCUCUCUACCAAUGCCUUAAUGGAUGUAAGUGUAAGCUCGGAAAUGUCUGAGAAAAUGGGCCCUGGCUAGCGUGUUGGUCGAAGCUCCUAUGUUGCAACCAGUUCGAUUCCGUGCUGGACGUUGAUGGGAGAAUAAGCUUUGAUCCUCCUCUAAAGACUACUCGAUCUUAUGUAGGAAUGAGACUCGGCUCCAAGGUAGUGUUUUAUGCAUCCUUGGCUAGCUGGGUCUGGAUUCCCUCGUCUCCUAGAUAAACCAGUUCGAAUCCACGUCGAAUUUUGUGUAUUUCUGGUUCUCCUAAGAUGGCAGAUUCGAUCACUUAAGGAAGCUACUCGAUUCUGCCUCUUGAUGCUGUUUUGUUUUUGCUUGGACAGAAGUUUUGAGUCUCCUUAGAGUUGAAGAAUCUUUAAUUUCCUCAUCUUUUUAAGGAGUUUUGGAUCUCUGUCAAACCUAUUCCCGUUGCUAUUUUUUUAUUUUAUUUGUAUGGACAGUAGUUUUGAAUUCCCUUAGAAGUCGAAGAACAGUUUCCUCCUCUUUAUAUAGGAGUAUCGGAUCCGUCAAGUUUUUUUUUCUCUGUCUACUUUUUUUUUUUUUUUUUUUUUGGUUUGGACAGUAGUUUCGAAUUCCCUUAGAAGUCGAAGAACAGUUUCCUCUUCUUCAUAAAGGAGUUUCGGAUCUUCUGUCAAGCCUCUUCGAUCCUCUUUUAAACAGGAUUGGAUCUGCGUCGAAGUAUUGUCAUUAAUCCUUCAGACAUUAGAUUCAAGUCCACCAAGAAACGAUUCCAAACAGCACUACAAAUCCACACUAGGAGACUAAUGCAUUUGUUUGUCUUUAGGGAGUCCCAUGUUCGAAUCCGGGCAGAGGUUUCUUAGCUUUUCUCCCACUCCUGUCAGCAGGUUCGAGUGUAUUUGAUAUUAUUAUUAUAUUUUUUUACGUUUGGAUAUACGUACACCCUUGCCAGCACGCGAGGUCCUGUGUGUCUCCCCCUCUGUAAUAUAGUUUGAUGUAUGUGUUUGUAAAUAAAUGUUGUAUUCCCCUCCACGUAUAUUUUUGGACGAUGUAGUGUAUGCUUUUGUUUUGUAACUUGUAUACACGCGACCCCAAACUGUUAGAGCGUAAGGUAUACCACACACCAACCCCCUCCCCCAUUACCCCACCAUUACCACUGUUACUACCCCCUCCUUCGACCCCCUACACUAAGUACCCCCUCCCCUUCCCUCCCUCCUCCCCAGCCACAAAGUAUCCAAGCCAGUCGCAAUAUUACCAAUAAACUGAUAUUUUUUA